AUGUUACUUCUGGGAAGCAGUCUGAUCAAACACAUUGAAGCGCGCGAUUUGCCAGCAGAAGAAAAUGUAGAAAAUGUUGUUAAAUCAUUCAGCGGAUGCACGAUUGAACGUUUGCUGAAAAUCUAUGAAAAAAGAAAACGUUCAUGGAUGCAAAAUCAACAAGCGGUCUACAUUUCAAUCGGAACUAACACACCAGGAAGAAAAAAUUCACAUUUGGCGAUAAAAGAGAUGGUAAAACUAUUAGGUCAUAUUCAUAAAGACUAUCCGUCGAUAUCCCUGACUCUCGUCAAAGUGCCUUACCGACAACAUCAGUGUAAUCCUGAUCCAAUGAAAAAAGAUGUGUUUGCAUUAGCCGAUGGUCAAAUAUGUUACGGUCCAUUAUCACUGUUCGAAUAUAAUAAUCAUCUAGAAAAUAAAAGAAUUGGUUAUGAAAAUGUUAAAAUGAUUGACAACCCACUAGAAUGCAAAGAAUAUUUUAUUAUUGAUAAUCCCACAAUAAAUGAUGUUGAUGUGAUCGAGAUAGAUGCGCCGAAUGGUAUAAUUUAUAUAAAAGAGAUGCCCCUUAAAAUGCAAAUGAUAACAUCAGCAAUAAGUCCAGAAAAUUUACAAGAUCAACAUGCUGACGAGCAAUCACAAACUGCUCAAAUAAUGACACCAUCGCCGGCAUCAAACUCAAAACAAAUGCGAUUACAACAAAAAACAUGUUCAAAUACAGAUUUAAUCUGUCGCUCUCGUCCCAAUUUCCAAUCUGGAUCAAUAUCCGAUGAUGACUUGGUAGGAAGUGUCAACACAACGCCAUUAAAAUUGGCUAAACACAAUUGCUAUUCGAGUCAAAAGCAAUCAUCGACUGUUUUAUCCCAAUCAGCUGUUGUGAAACGUGUCACCGGUCAACAUCUUCAUUUGUUAACGCCGUUACGUAGUGCUCUUCAACCAUCGAAGAUAUGUCAAAAAGUAACUCGUAUUACUAGUACUGAUAUAGCAACACCGUUGAAUACCGUUCGUUCAACAACGACAACACCUGUCAAUCGAAAAGGAAUUAAAUCAUCUGGUUAUGGACAACGACAACCAGCUACAAUAGCUAGUUUUAGACGAGCAACACCAUUAACAAGAAAAUAA